AUGGCAGAUUCAAUUAACGUCGAGAGCAGGUCUGUAUCUCGGGGACGUGAAUCACUUCAAUCCUCGGGUGGAGACGGUAUAGGUAACAUUCGAUCCUCUUCAAUCUCAAGUGAUCCUCGUCCCGUCGAUGGUCCUGAUUCAGCUCGUGGGCGGGAGCAAGCUGUGCACCCUGACAGGAUGCAUAUGUUCUCGGUGGGUAGGGGUGGAGCGGGUAAUAUGCGCUCCCCUUCUCAGGACUUGGUAAGAGACCACUCCCAGACCGUAACUAUCCUUAACGAGCAUGCUGCGGUUCAGGCAGAAUAUGAACAACAGGUCAAGAAGCACCACGCUGAAUCCAAUUCGAUUCUUUCUUCUGGAAGAGGCGGUCUUGGUAACAUAUCAAGCUCCCGCUCUCGUUCUCGUGGUCCAUUAGUGCAUUCCACGGGACGAGGCGGGGUAGGCAACAUUCAACAUGGAGCUGUUCCCAGCAUCGACAGUAUGGACGAAGAGGAAAGAAAGAAGCAUGCUCUUGCUCAUGCUCAAGCGAUACACUCGACUGGCAGAGGCGGAGCUGCAAACCUUACCAAUGUGCACUCGCCUGAUAUUGAACGUGUAGUCCAUCAUCACGCUGAAUUUGAGUCUACUGGGCGCGGUGGGGCUGGCAACAUACGCUCCCGCUCCGCGUCGCGCGACCCAAGUGGACGGACACCUUCCCGCGAUGCCAAAGAGAAACAUGGAAUUGCUGCUCUGUGGAACAAGGUAUCCCACCCCUCCAGCCAUGGCUCCAGGGAUCCCGAGUCCCGGGAAGAAUGA